AUGGCGUCGGCGGCCUGUCGAAGACAGGCCGCCGAUGUCGCUGACGGAGAGGCGCAGGCCCCAAUGGGUGACGGUGCCACGCUGGUCCAGCUGCUGCCACAGGGAUGGGAGCCCCAAGCGCUGGGACCGGAGAGAGAUGGUCGAUUCUGGCAGCACUGUUAUUGGUUGCAGAAGUCGGCGCCAUGGAAGAAGUUGGUUUCUGCCUGGGCCGAAGACCAUGGUCUUCUGGCAAGUGGGCUAUGCCUACGAGAUUCCGAGGGUCGCGACGUGCCACUGGAUCAGACUCCUGACGUGGAUGCUUCCGGGCCAGAUGCUCCGAGAGAAAUCGUGGUUGUGUUGAGAGAAGGUGCAGCUUUAGAGGAAGUUGGUCGUUGGGAGGCGGCUGCGAAGCACCAGCGUGAGCCGAGGGCUCCACCCGAUGGCACCCAGCGCGUGCGCAUCACGGCAUGGCGAGACGACCGUCAGAAUGCUUCAACCUCCUUGACCUUCUGCGUGCUGCCGGACAUGGCCCUGCGUGGCCUGAUGGUGGAGUGGUGCAGCAGGCAAGGCCUCUCUUUGGCGGAUGUUUCCUUCAAGGCAGAAGCUGGCGGUGAAAUCACGACUGCAGAUACGCUGAAAAGCUUGGCACCAGAUGAAGAUCUACCCAGAGCCGAGAUGUUUGAGAUCCGGGCUGAUCCGAGAAGUGAUCGACCUGUAAAGACACAGUUUGUGCAGCUACCUGAUAUGUACCUGGCAUCCCAGACGCAAGACAGCGCAGCCCCAGCUGCGGAAACUGCCUCCAAGCCGCCAGCUGCGCAGCCUGCUAGUAAAUCUGCUGCGCCUCGUGUGCAAGUCCGAAUCGCAGCGCACGGCAUCUUGAGCGAGCGGCUCAGGCCGUCUUCAGAGCAAGCUGGUUUGAGCUUUUGGACGAAGAUGCUUGCCCCCAUCGGCAAAGUCACAGCAGCGUGGUGCAGACACCACGGCUUGACACAAGACUCCAUUUUCGUGUCCUACAAUGGAAAGCCAUUGCAGGCCGGUGACACCCCCGCGACGCAUGGAUGGUCACCUAACACAGAGGUAACCUUGGAAGCAUUGCACGUGAGCGAUCCGCGGGUGAUGCAGGUCAUGGAGCCGCGGCUGCCACAGCCGGCGCAGCCGCCGCAGCCACCGCAGCCACAGCCGACGACGACUCCAGCUCCCGCGAAACCAGUGGAGUCGGAGCGACCGGGCGGCCGUGCUUUGCUGAAGGUUUAUGACGAGGUGGAGUGCUUCGAGUUCUGGAUGCGACCAACGACGACCUUUGAGAGGAUGAUGAAAGCCUGGCGCGAGCAGCGCAAGCUGGAGCCAGCACAGACUGUCAGGUUUCAGCUCAUGGAAGGAGAAGGACUGCGCGCAGGAGAUCUCGGAGCCAAUGAGACUCCAGCCGUCAGGGGCUGGUCCCCGGGCAUGGGCGUGAUCAUGGUGCGAGCCCAUGCAGAGAGCCCUCUCGAUCCGAAUCGCAGCAUGUCCGUCAAAGUCGAAGCGGACAGCCCUAACGGAGUGAACGAGGUCAAGUUCACCAUGCGCUUGUCUGCGCCUUUGGGGAAGAUGAUGAAGGCGUGGUGUGGGCAUCACGGACUUCCUCUAGAGAAAGCCACGUUCAUGUUCCAGCAACGGGUCUUGACACCAGAGGACACCCUGCAGUCCCUGGGCUGCACCACGGGGGAGGUGGUCUUCAAGGCCGUCCCCAGCGAGGCGAAGGCCACGGAAGCCAUGGAGGCGAAGACCGAGGCGAAGGAGCCUUCGGACCAGAGAAAGGUGUCGGUGAAGGUGGAAGCAGAGGGUGCGGACGGUCUCAACGAGCUUCGCUUCAACAUGCGUUUGUCUACGCCAUUGGCGAAGAUGAUGCAGGCCUGGUGUGAUCACAACCAAGUUCCUAUGGAAGAUGCGGCCUUCCUACUUGGCACCGUGGUCUUGAAGCCCGAGGACACCCUACACAGCCUCGGUUGCCGUGACGAGGAGGAGGUGGUCGUGAGGGCGGUGCCUCGCGAAGAGGAGGAUGAGAAAGGAGAGGCGAAGGCUGAGGAAAAGAUGCCUCGUGAAGCCGAGGGAACGCGAGAGGCCGAGGAAAGCAAGGAGACCGAGGCCCAGGUGCCUCGCGAGGAGGAGUCCAAGAAGGUAGGGAAUACGGAGGCGAAGGAGCCUUCGGACCAGAGAAAGGUGUCGGUGAAGGUGGAAGCAGAGGGUGCGGACGGUCUCAACGAGCUUCGCUUCAACAUGCGUUUGUCUACGCCAUUGGCGAAGAUGAUGCAGGCCUGGUGUGAUCACAACCAAGUUCCUAUGGAAGAUGCGGCCUUCCUACUUGGCACCGUGGUCUUGAAGCCCGAGGACACCCUACACAGCCUCGGUUGCCGUGACGAGGAGGAGGUGGUCGUGAGGGCGGUGCCUCGUGCAGAUCCAGAGGCUGCUACCGCUGCCGUUCCUUCUGCGGCGCCGGCUGCUGCGGCGGCAGAACUCGAGGAAUCGUCGGCAAAGGUGUCUGUGAAGGUGUUGGCCGAGGGCGCCGACGGCGUCAACGAGCUGUGCUUCAGCGUGCGCAUGACGACACCGCUGGGCAAGAUGAUGAAGGCCUGGUGUGACCACCAUCAAGUUCCGGCAGAGGAGGCUGCGUUCUUAUUGGGGGAGCAGCUGGUGAAGCCCGAGGACACGCUACUGACACUGGGCAGUGGCACCGAUGCGGUGGUGUUCCGCGCCGUUCCUCGCGACCAUGCGGAUGCGAAGGAGGCUACACCCAAGAAGCGAGGCCCGGAAGCGAAGGCGAAGCCGAAGUCGCCGAAGCCGAAGGAGAAGCCCGAGAAGCCCAAGGGCAAGGGCAAAGGCAAGGGCAAAGGCCGGGAGCCCCGGCACAGAAGGCACUGUUCACAAGAGACCUCCGUGCAGGGAAGCGCAAGGGCGCCGACGAGGCCGUUUCUGCCGAGCUAUUGGUACCAACAGUAA